GCUGCCCCCGCGCGCUUCCUGGGCGCACGCGCACGGAGACGGCCACAGACGCGAGGAGACAUGAAGGUGAAGUUUGCACCACUCGUGGUGCCGCUGGCGCGCCGCCUGCAGACCUUCGCCGUGCUGCAGUGGGUCUUCUCGUUCCUGGCACUCGGCCAGGUGUGCCUGGCCGCCUUGCUGCUGCUGCCGCUGCUGCUGCCUCCGCUGCGGCUCCUGGCGCUCGCCUACCUGCUGUGGCUCUACCUCGACUGGGAGACGCCGCAGAGCGGGGGACGCCGCUCACGCUGGGUGCGCUCCUGGUGCCUCUGGAGACAUUUCCGGGAUUACUUCCCCAUUCACCUGGUGAAGACGGCUGAGCUGGACCCAGACCACAACUACCUCUUUGGCUUCCACCCUCACGGCGUCCUCGUGGCUGGGGGUUUCGGCAACUUUGGCACGGAGGCCACCGGCUUCCGUGUCCUCUUCCCGGGGCUGCGCCCCCACCUCCUCAUGCUGCCCUUCUGGUUCCGCAUCCCCUUCUUCCGAGAGUACAUCAUGGCUGGAGGCUUGGUGCCCUCGGACAUGCGCAGCGCCACGACGGUGCUGAGCCGCCAGGGGGGGGGCAACGUGGCGGUGCUGGCCGUGGGGGGCGCCCCGGAGGCUCUGGACGCACGCCCCGGGGCCCACACCCUGCAGGUGCGGCGCCGCAAGGGCUUCAUCAAGCUGGCGCUCACCACUGGGGCCCAGCUGGUGCCGGUGUUCUCGUUUGGCGAGAACGAGCUCUUCCAGCAGGUGGGCAACCCGCGUGGCUCGUGGCUGCGCGCCGCCCAGGAGCGUCUGCAGGGCCUCAUGGGGGUGGCGCUGCCGCUCUUCCACGCCCGCGGAGUCUUCCAGUACAGCUUUGGCCUGCUGCCCUACCGCACCGCCAUCCACACCGUGGUGGGGGAGCCGAUCGCAGUGGAGCUGACCCCGAGUCCUAGUGCUGACGACAUCACGCGGCUCCACGAGCACUACCUGGAGCGGCUCACGGCGCUGUUCGAGAAGCACAAAGAGACGUACGGCGUGCCAGCUGACAAGCAGCUCACAUUCUACUGAGCGUGGAUACUCACACACACAUACACUCACUAACACAUACACUCAUACAGUCACACAGUCACUCACUCACACACUCACUCACACACACACUCACUCACACACUCACACACUAACACAUACACUCACUCAC